AAGACGUCGUCGCAUCAUAUGUAGACAGAUGCGAGGAGUGUGAAUACACAUGAUUCAGUGCUACUUACAUCCCAAUACUUUGCCUGCCGGGAAGAUUAUUCAUUUUGAAUACAGAACAGACGUCUCGCCAGCUCAUUACCUUAGCGAGUAGUCUACAACAGCCGACUGAUAAGAUGUUCCUGUUACAUAAGAGCACGUCGGCUCCAGAUAUCAAUGCAACAGGUUCCGCGUUGGUUUCCCAUACUAUAGACUUUGGCUCGAACAAAAAAACAGCAUGUUCGGCUUGUUCACUACUAUAGCCCUGGUUUGCAGUGGCCUAGCCACUGCGCACAAGCCAGUAUAUGGCGAAGAAGAACCAGGUCUUAUCGACAAAUGGGGGACCGAUUGGGGAUUCUCGGGAAUAUCGACCUUUGCCCAUUUACCACACGUGAAAUGUCUGACGCAUCCCGAAACUGUGUUUGACAUUGCUAUCCUAGGAGCUCCAUUCGACACAGCUGUAUCCUAUAGACCAGGAGCAAGGUUCGGACCAAAAGCGAUUCGCGCCGCGUCUGGUCGUCAGACAAGCUUCAGAGGCUUCAAUGCUCGUGCAGGUCUCAACCCGUAUCGUUCGUGGGCUACGAUGAUGGAUUGCGGCGACAUUCCCAUCACGCCAUUCGAUAACGUGCUGGCACUUCGUCAAAUGAGCGAGGCAUUUGAAGAAAUGACUUUGAGGAAACCUGCUGUGGAUCCCGCUUUUGCGUCUCCAUAUCAGCAAAAGUCAAAGAUUCUUACCCUAGGAGGGGACCAUAGCAUCGCACUUCCGGCCCUAAGAGCUCUUACUAAGACUUAUGGCCAGCCUGUUGCUGUGGUACAUUUCGAUGCUCAUUUGGAUACUUGGGAUCCAAUCAAGUAUCCAUCAAGCUGGAUCGAUGCUACCGAUGAAACGACGCAGUCGUUCUUCAACCAUGGUAGCAUGUUCUGGAUGGCUGCCAAGGAAGGACUCAUCGCCAACGCAUCAUCCGUUCACGCAGGUCUUAGGACGCGACUCUCCGGUGAUGAUUAUAUGGAUUAUGAAGAGGAUACGGCCCAAGGCUGGGUCCAAAUUUCUACGGAUGAUGUGGACGAGAUUGGUGUCAAAGGAAUCAUCGACAAGAUCAUGAACCGUGUGGGAACUGAGAUGCCGGUCUACUUGUCCAUUGAUAUCGACGUCAUUGAUCCUGGGUUGGCUCCUGGCACGGGAACCCCUGAGCCCGGUGGCUGGACCACGCGAGAGCUCAUUCGUAUCCUUCGUGGUAUCGAAGGACUGAAUGUAGUUGGAGCCGAUAUCGUAGAAGUCAGCCCUGGCUACGAUGGUAGCGAUGAGUCUACAGCACUAGCAGCAGCUCAAGUCGGGUUUGAAGUCCUCACUAGCAUGGUUCGACGUGGUUUGAUCGAUCAAGCGAAAGUCCGGAAAAGCUCGAGUGUUGUAACCAAAGAUGAAUUGUGAUUAUGGUACUCCCAACACACGAAUAGUGGUAGCAUUUAUAGCAAUCACCAAUCUGAAGCUAUCGUACAUUCUUUAUCUAGUAUCGAGGGAGUAUAGCAUGCUCAUAUUUUCAGAGAGUAAGAUAUAUUGUCUUUAUGAUCUGGAGGCGGAAACAUCAUCUAACCAGAUCCUUCCUACGUGGCACUUGUUCUGGUAUUUGUACUAGUACUGCCGUAGCCCGGCCGUUGGUUACUCUUACUCAAAUCGCCCCGCUGUAAGUACUACUCGGGAAAACAAAGUACAUAGGUAUGUGCAUGCCCGUGGUAGAAAUGAACUCGAUCCAUAGAGCUUUCUACUUAUAGUAUGUAGCACAAUG